UCUCCACUCACAAUCUUCAGUAUGGCAGCGACAUCGGCUGGAGGAUGACGUGCGCGGUGCACUGCAGUCGUGAUUGAGGGGCCAGCGACCACCAGGCGACUACCGAGGAACACGGCUACAUUUCGGAUGGAGAGCCAAUUGGAGCGGACGACGACGGAGACGACGGAUUUGUGCACGGUGAGCGAGGAGCUGGACUCUGGCAAAGGAAAUGGAGCUGGCGCGGUGGAGCACGGAGAAAGGCCGAACGUCGAGCAAACCGCCGCGGCCGCCGCGCAAGCACGAGCUGGAGCAGGACCAGGAGCAGGAGGAGGAGCAGCAGCCCAAUCUGUCAGAGGUCUGGUCCGAGCCGGACCACACCGUCUCGCUCGCGCGCAUCGGCCUGCCCGAGAACAAGACGCCCGUCAACCAGACCGUCUCGUCGCCAAACUCCUCCGAGUUCGAGCACUCGCCCCGCACCCCAGAAAUGGUGGUUGCAGGCAAGAAAGCGUCGUACAAGAAGCUGGUGCAGCGGCUGCACGCGACGGAGCAGAUCAUCGAGGCGCUGCAGGCCGAGCUGAGCGCGCACAAGGCCCUGGCCAAGGCCGAGCAGCCGGUGGGGCAGGAGGCGGCGCUGGAAUCGCAGCGGGCGCGACUGGAAGUGGUGGUGCGGCAGAGCGAGGCGACGCGGCAGCAGCUGGAGGCGGCGGCGAGGGGCGAGGCAGGCGGGCGCCGACGCCGAGCGGCAGCUGGCGGAGGCGGAGGGCCGCGUGCGGCAGCUCGAGGCCGAGCUGAGCGAGCGGGACGGCGUGCAGCGCCACCUGCAGCUUGUGCAGCUCGAGACGCAGGAGGCGCUGGCCACCAUGGAGGCGGCCAGGGCGGCCAUGCACGACGAACUGGUGCACACGAGGCUCGCCUGCCAGCAGCUGGAGCGACGCGCGCUCGACGCCACCAGCAAGUGUCAACAGCUCGAGCAAGCCUCCAAGCAGGACAUGCAGCGCUGCCAGCAGCAGGUGCAGCAGCUCGAGGCGGCGCGCCUCCGACAGCGACGAGCACUCUGCCAGCCGGCACACGCUGUCUUCGCCGGACCUGGGCAUAGAGAGCGACACCGGCCGCAGCGGCGGAGGCGACGAGCGCAGCCGACUCAAUUAGGAGAACUGGUAGCUCAAGCAGAAGCUUACCGAGAGCCAAUCCAUCUUGGAACGCUGCCUUGAGGCGCUCUACAAGAACCGCGACCGGCUGCGCGUAUAGGCCUCCAUGGAGAAGAAGCUGUUGCGCACGGACGAGGUGCUUCUCAAGGCCUUGCACAACCUCAAGCUGCUGCCCAGGUCGCCCCGAAUUGCUGUCGUUAAGGUGCUGGACUAUGAGAGGAUGAUGCCUAGCUUGAGUCCGCCUGCAUCCUCGGCGCUUGCGGCCGCGACGUCGGCAUUUUUGGCGUCGCUGACGUCCACUCCGAGAAGAAGAAGGAGGUGGAGCCAAGCACAGCAUGCACAAGUGCGCAUGCGUGGUUGGCAGCUGGCGUUGGCAGACACAGACUCCAGUCGUCCAGUCUGGCAGCGACAGCGACUGAAGGAUGACGUGCGCGGUGAUGUUCUACAGCCGUGAUUGAGGGGCCAAGCGGCCACUAGGCAACUAUCGAGGACCAUGGCCACAUUGCGGCCGUGCCGUGAUCGAGGAUUAAGAGGCCUGCGAGGUGGCCGGCGACCAACAGGCGGCCACCGAGGGCCGUGGCAGGCCACGGACGGCGUGCGGGACAAGUCAGAGGGCCCCGCUCAGCCAGAUUCUGAUUCCCAGUUUGCGAGGCCGACUUUUCCCAAGUGCAUCGUCACGCGGGCUUGCAAGGAUAUCCGCAAAUUGAAGCAGCAGCAGCCUACGCUAGCAGCACAUGCAGGUGCAACCUUCGACCCUGCGGCCGCCGCCCGUCGCUGAGAGCGUCUCCGCCUCCCCCGUCAACUCGCUCCUUGACCACAUCCACGCAAGUUCCUUGACGCACCGCAACACUC